CGAUAUAUAGCCCAGACGCCGCUGUCUGUCCGAGGGAGAAGAGAGACAUCCAAGCGAGACAGAGGCACGAAGAAGGAAGGAAAGAAGCUCGUGAGUUUUAGAGAAGAGAUGGCGGCGCCGGCGAUUAAGCUGUACGGGCUGGCGCUGUCGCCGAACGUGGUGCGGGCGGCGGCGGUGCUCAACGAGAAGGGGCUCGACUUCGAGAUCGUCCCCGUCGACCUCACCACCGGCGCCCACAAGCAACCCGACUUCCUCGCCCUCAACCCUUUUGGGCAGAUCCCCGCGCUGACGGACGGAGACGAGGUUCUCUACGAGUCCCGGGCCAUCAACCGCUACAUCGCGGAGAAGUACAGGGCCACCGGAACGGACCUUCUCCCACCGGCGUCGGCGUCGGCGAAGCUGGAGGUGUGGCUGGAAGUGGAGUCGCACCACUUCUACCCGGCAGUCUCGCCGCUGGUGUUCCAGCUGCUCAUCAAGCCCAUGCUGGGCGGCGCGCCGGACGCGGCCGCCGUGGAGAAGCACGCGGGCGAGCUGGCCCGGGUGCUGGACGUCUACGAGGCCCACCUGGCGAAGCCCGGCAACAGGUUCCUCGCCGGGGAACAGUUCACGCUCGCCGACGCCAACCACAUGUCGUAUCUGUUCAUGCUGGGGAAGACGGCCCAGGCGGGGCUGGUGGAGUCCAGGCCCCGGGUCAAGGCCUGGUGGGACGAGAUCUCGGCCCGGCCCGCUUGGGCCAAGACCGUCGCUGCCAUCCCCUUCCCUCCCGCCGCCUGAUCUGAUUGGGUUCGUAAUAAUAGAAGCUCGAUGCUUUGAGCCGAGUGAAUUCGCGGUGUUGUUUUUAUUACACAAGGAGCUAGAGUUUCAGUUUCUGGAUCAGUACUAAUAAUUUGUUGGGACUUGUCAGUUGUGUCGCGGUUGGACGAGUUGUACGAGUGUUCAAUUGUGUGCUUGUUUUUGUUUGAACCACAGAAUGCGUUUGAUAUGUCGAAA